UGUGCAUCUGGAUACGAAAUAAUAUCUUAUUUACGAUUUACAAAUUGAAUUGUUAGCUGAGACGUUUCUAUCCACUACAGCAAUGGCCAGCCCCAUGGUGCGGGGCGGCUUAGAGUGCAGCAGCAGCGGACGUGGAGUAUUAAGGAUAGUUGCGCCGCCAAGGUCACGUCGGGUAUCUGCGCUUUCGUUCCCAAUCGCGUCUUCGCCAGUCUUUCGCUCGGCGUCCAUUCAACCCGCACCUAAUGCCGAUUAUCUUCGUCAGCCGCCGCACGGUCGGAGGGCUGGAAAAUUGAGACAUCAACCGCUAAGGGUUGCGCAGUUGGAUGCUGUUAGCAUGCCAAAGUCAGCGGAUGACUUCGAAGCGUACGUCAAUGCGCUUAACGAAGCUUGGGCAAUUCCGGAGGUAAUUGAGUUCGGCAUCGGGCAGGGUGGCCUCCCGACCGUCCUGCUUACACACCCGCAAACGGGUAUGAAGCUGGUAGUGUACCUGUACGGCGCCACCAUAGCGCAAUGGCUCAAAAGCGACGGCACUGCGACCUUCCACGACGGGCCUGAGGAGCUGUUUCAGAUAGGCAUGCCGCUCAGGACCGGCGUGUCGCUGCACUUCCCGCAGCACCGCGAAGGAGUGCUGCCGCUGCACGGCUUCGCGGAUAGCAUGAUGUGGGAGGUGGUGGGCGCGGGUAUUGAGAACUUCGAGAUGCUGGCUCAGAUGUCGGGCUGGUGGGAGUGGCUGCAGGAGAGCGGCGCACUGGACCCGCAGCUGCUGGAGGAGGCGGAGGAGAGCGAGGAAGCAGCUGAGAAGGUUCGUGCGCUGCUGGCCUCCCGGCCUGCCCCCGACAACCUGGUGGACUCGGACAUGGCGCCCUGCAUCACACUGCGGCUGCGGGACACUCCGGAGACACGCAAGAUGUGGCCGCACAGCUUCGAGCUGGAGUACAAGAUCACUCUUGAGACGCAGGGCCAGCUUACCGAGGAGGAGUGGCGGGACAUCCGGCGGAGUAGGGGAAUGACCGAUGAGCAGGAGGCGGCGGACGAGGCGGCGGACGAGGCGGAGGAGGAGAGGCUGAUGGAGGCCCUGCUGGGGGAGGAGGAUGAGGAGGGGGAGCAGGAGGGAGGGGAGGGCGAGGCGGAGGGGGAGGAGGAGACCUCGGCGUUCGCUGGCAGAAGGGAGAACGAGGGCGGAGAUGGCGAGGAGGGGGCCGAGGAGCUCUCGCCGCCGGAGGCGUCCCGCAAGAAGCGAGGCCGGCCACCCAAACAGGCGGCGGUCGCUGGCGAGGCGGCGGGCGCGCAGGGGGCCGAGGAGGGCGAGGUGGAGGAGGAGGGGGAAGAAGAGCGGGCUGGGCUGGCGGAGGACGAGGAGGAGGAGCAGGGGGAGGAUGCGGGCGCGGUGGGGCCGGAGCCCUUCAAGCCCACCGUGCAGAUACGCCAGGAGUUCUGGGUCCGGAAUAAGGACGAGCCCGGCUCCGCCCCCAUGCGCUUCAGCCUGGGCUCGCUGGCUCGGUUCGUGACGCUGCAACAGCCCGACUGCGGGGACUGGAUCAAGGUGUUGGGUCUGGGAGGAAGCCAGACGUUCGACUACACCGAGGACCCUCGCUACCCGCGACUGGACAUGUGCGAUGACGACUUCGUGCACUUCAGAGGCGAGCCCAUCGACGUGACCUACAUUGGCGCCGCCGACGCCACGCUCUACCUGUGCCCCGGCAACCGCACACACUUUGAGUUCAUCCAGCGGGCGGGCUUUAACGACAUGUUUGUACAGCACCCAGGUUUGGAUGCCGUACCCGAGUACGACAGAGUGGCGACGAUAGGAACUGGCUACGUUGCCUCCACCAAGAUCCUGCCUGCUGGCGAGCAGUGGCACGCAGAGUCCAUCAUCCGCUUCCACGACCGCUACUUCCCGCCGCCGGUGUUCGGGGAUGACUCCAUGCCGCCGCUGCCGCCCAUUCCUAAGGAUUUGCUGACUGAGGAGGGGGGUGAGGGGGAGGACCUGUACGAAGGCAUGACCGGGGAAUCGACUGAGGAGGCGGGGCUGCCAGAGCAGGAGGAGUAGCAUGAGAAGCAGCAGUGAAGGGAAAGAGAGAUGGCUGGUUGAGGUGCCACAAGGCAGCAGUACUGAAGGAGAAACAUGACGAGAUGCCGGUGUUGGGUGCCCUACGGACACGGGCUUGAGGCAGGAAUGUUCCCUUUAAUGACACUGUUGUAUGUUGUUCGGAAGGGCUCCAGCCGUGGGAGGGUGAAUCUGAGCCUGUACUGCUGGCCGAUGGGCUGCCAUGGGCUUUUGUGCGUUAUGGUUUGGGAGCCGGGGGGUGUGGGCUUUCUAACUUUUGGACCGAAGAGGUUGACUGCAGCACUACAUACAAGGAGGCCUGGCGGGUUUUACAUCGGGGUUUGGAGGACUGGAGGAUGGGCUUGUACCUUGUGGUGCGUAUAUAUAUAUUGA